AUGUCUCAACAACAAUCCAACAUCUCAAGAAACGUCUAUGCUAUUACCAACUGUGAUUCUCUCAUGGGCUAUGCUAUGGCUUAUCGCUGCUUGGAGGCUAUGCAGAAACACGAGGAAGGGCCCGAGAUCUCUAGUCAUAAACUCCGUCUCUUGUGUCGUAGUCGUUCUGGCUAUGGUUUGAGCCGUCUUGAGAAGAUGGGUGCUGAGAUCAUGGAGGUCAACUACAAGGAUGAGGACAAGAUGCGUCACUGCUUGAAGGAUGUUAUGUGUGUCAUGAUGAUUCCCGAGUUCUCUUCUGACCGGGAGAAGGAAGCUGAGUGCAUGAUCAAGGCUGCUAAACAUCAACAUGUUGAGCAUAUGUCCAUGAUGUCUUGUAUUGGCGUUGAUCGCGUUCACAAGCACGACAGCAACCAGCAAGGUUCUGAAUUCCGUAACUUGAAGCAAAUUUGCCGCAUUGAAAAGAUGGUCAAGGAAGAGUUUAGUGGCGAAAAGCAUUGCAUUGUCCGUUUCCCCAUGUUGUACCAGCUCUUUUACUACUUGGCUCCCCAAAUGGAAGGCGAAAACCGCCUGUGUCUCCCUGUCGAGAAGAACAAGAAGUUUACUAGUCUUGACUUGAAUGAUGUCGUCGAGGGUGUCUACCGCUUGGCCAAGAAGCAACGUGAGCGCUUUGCUGGUCGUCAAAUUGAACCCAAAUUCAAGAAGCAAGUUUAUGAGUUUACCUGUUCCAAGCCCCUGAGCGGCGAAGAGAUGGCUCGUGAAGUUGGUGAGGGCUUAGGCCGCCAUGACAUCAAGUUCCAGCACAUUUCUGAAAGCGACAUGAAGAAGCAGCUUGAGCACAUCAAGAAGGAUGACCGUUUUAAGGAGCGUCCUGACCAACGUGGUGAUUUCAAGAAGGGCCGUGAUGGUUUCUGGGCUUUCCCUAUCAACAAGUACAUCCAUGAGUGCAAGAUUGACACCAUGAUGGAAUGGUGGCGAUUGGCUAACAAGGGCGAGCUGGACAUGCACUCUGAUGAGCUUCGUCAUAUAUUGGAUCGUGAGCCCCAUAGCUUGAAGAAGUACUUUGAAGAGAACCGGGAUCAAUUCAAGCGUUUCAAGUAA